CUGACCAAUACAAAACGCCCCUUCGAUAAUCUAAAAAUAACGCCGUCGUGGUGUCUGAUCAUGAUACUCCAGUAGCCUGGAGUCCUCCAUUGAGCUUUGACAGCUGAUAAUUUUCCCGCGCUUUUACACGUCAGCCAUUUUUACUUUUUCUUUUCUCGUGCAUAGACAAAGAAGGUGGUGUUGCGUGAAACUUUUUUGAAAAAUUUAAAAUGGCGCCACAAAUAAUGCGAUUUUACGUGUUAAUUUUAUUAAUUUCUUUGUGUGUGGAGAGUAAAGGGAAAUCAAAUGAAAACGAAGAUUCGAAGGAGUCGGUCGAGAAGGUGCCGGAGUUAAAACAAUACAAGUUCAACGAUGGACCAGCGCUGAUGUUCGCAGAUGAGUUCAAACAGACUCUAGAGAGGUACCUAUUCGGUAUCUGUCCACAGAAUUUUAAGAUGCAGCUCGGGCUGAAGAACAAGAACGUGACAGCUCCCAGCUGUGACGUAGACGCUGAGCAGCAGGACCUGGCUGGAAG